CCCAAUGGCAAAUGACAUAAAUGUCACAAUCGACACUUUUCUCAACUCCUUUCUUUUUCCGCUCAACUGUCAAAACCGAGGUUUAUUAGCACAUAAUGGCCAAGUCUAAGAAUCACACAAAUCAUAAUCAAAACAGGAAAGCCCAUCGGAAUGGCAUCAAGCGCCCAAUCCGCAAACGCCAUGAAUCCACUCUGGGUAUGGACGUUAAAUUCCUAAUAAACCAGCGUUAUGCGCGCAAAGGUAAUCUGUCUCGUGCCGAAGCCAACAAACGCUACGAAGAGCGCGUGGCAGCCCAAGCUGGCAAACCAAAACCCAUUAAGCUAUAAAUGUCGCAAAUUCUCAAGUGUUGGGAAAUUUAGGUAUACAAUGGGUUUAAAAACGGGUGAAAAUAAACUUUUUUCUAAAUA